CUCCCAACUUACGACGAGCAGAUAUGGCGGAAGAGACCAAGCAGCAACAGCAGCGGAGGUUGCUGGACUUGGCUGGGGAGGCCAAGCUCCGGGUAAGCUCUGUGCUGAAUGGCGAUGGAAAGCAGUUUGGGAAGAAGUUUCUGCUGGAUGAUCGCGAGGACACGUGUUGGAACUCCGACCAGGGCAGCCCGCAGUUUGUUGAGCUCAAGUUGGAUGCUCCCGCGCAAGUGACACAGCUGGCCAUCAUGUUUCAGGGCGGCUUUGCAGGAAAGAACUGCGUGCUGGAGGGCAAGGUAGACGGAUCUAAUGAGUACACAGAGCUGGGUCGGUUUUAUCCGGACGAUGUCAACCACGAGCAAGUGUUUGAGGGCGUGAACCAAGAGAACAAGAAGGUGCACAUGCUGCGGCUCGUGUUCCCAGAGUCCACCGACUUCUUUGGCCGGAUCACCAUCUACACGCUCAAGAUAUACGUUGCAGCAGAAAAGAAGAAAGAGGAGGAAGAUCAGUGAUUUGUGGACUGUCCCGCUGUUUAGUUACAUUGUCUUGCUUCAGGUGUUGCUGUCAUCCUGUUUGUCCAUAAUCAAUCUACCAGCCCACACUCUGUCCUUUGCAGAGGAAUGCUUGUGCGUCGUUGCCAGUUUAGGGUCUCGCGAACGCUCAACACAUCCAUCCAAUGGCCAUCAAUACAGUACAGGAAAUACAUGGCAAUAGGGG